AUGAAACCAAACAAUCCUGUUGGACCAAAGAAAUCUGGUAUAUCUGUUGAAAGCAAAACACCUAACAUCUUUACUGGCACCAGCCUUGCUGACAGAAAGAAACAUAGCAUUCCAGCUGAUACUAUGAAACCCACCAGCCGUGAUGAAUCAAAGAAAUCCACCAUUUCAGACGAAUCCAAGAAAUUCCCUAGCCCAGAUGACUCCAAGGAACUCUCUAGCCCAGUUGAAUGCGAUAAACUAUCUAGCCCAGAUGAAUCCAAGGAACUCUCUAGCUCAAAUAAACCCAAGAAAAUCUCCAGCCCAGAUGAAUCAAAGAAACUUACCAAUCCAGAUGAAUCCAAGGAACUUACUAGUGCAGAUGAAUAUAAACAACUCACCAAGUCAAAUGAAUACAACAUACUCUGUAGCCCAAAUGAAUCGAAGAAGUUCACCAACUCAGCUGAAUCCAAGAAACUCAUCAAUUCAGCUGAAUCUAAGAAACCCUCCAGCUCAGCUGAACCUAAAAAGUUCACUAGCUUAAUUGAAUCCAAGAAACUUACCAGCCCAUCUGAAUCCAAGAAACUUACCAGCUCAGCUGAAUCCAAGAAAGUCGCCAGUCCAGCUGAAACCACUAAACUUAUUAACCUAGCUGAAACAAAGAAACUUGCUAGCUUACAAGAAGUUAGAAAAAACUCUAAUUUAACUGAAACCAAGAAACUUAUCACACCAACUGAAGUCAACAAUAGUACCAACCCAAUCGAAAUAAAAAAACUCAGUAGCGAACCUCCUACAAUAAAAACUACUGAAGUAAAUGCUACCCAUUUAGCCCCUACGGUAUCCUCCUCGUUCUCCUCACUAGUUUCAACCACCGAGGCCCCCAAAAAUCAGGAUCUUACAUCCGAGGUAUUUCCAGCAGUACUGGGAGAAAAGGCAGGAAGACACCUGACAACAUCAUUACAAAAAGUACCAAAGUUUUCAUUUAACGAAGACUCAAAAGUUUCUUGGCAUCACGAAAUAAUUGAAAAGAAAUCUAGAAAAGACAGCGAACUCAAGAUAUCAAACUCUCCCGAAUUCCUUAUUACUAAGCCCAGAGAGAUUCCACCAAUAAAAAUUUCCCGUAAACUGUCUAUUAAAAUUGUUGAUCAUGAUAGACUUGAGCUAAAGGAAGACUCAGAAGUGGACAGUGGAGUGGGCAGUGAUGUAAGUAGUCGCCCUGAAACCCAAUUGAGCGUGGAGGAUGACUUGUGGUCACCUACCAAUUCCACACCAGAAAUAGAGAAACCAGCUACUCCAUCUAAGCCAUCCCUUACUCCUCCCCCAACACCAUCACCAUCAACUAGCAAUCCGUGUCCAUCGCCUAAUGCUGGCUAUUCAUUGUGCCCUACUCCGUUACAUGUUCCGUCCAUUUCGCCAAAGUUGUGCCUCUCUCCUCGCGAGGAAAACGAGCCGCAGCGAGACGAUAUCGGAGCGUUGGACCUUUCCUUGUCCCACCGCCACGAGAUUCGCCACCGUGAUCGAUCGUCUCAACCCCGGUCACGGCACGUAGCUAACCCACCGGUCCUAGACAAACAUAGGCAACUGAUUUGCCUGCCGGCGCCUACCACGCCGCAGCUCAAACGUCCACCACCGCCUCCAGUUCCACACACUCAUAUGUAUAACAGGAAAGGAGACUCUGGAAGAAACCACCGCUUCAAGGGCAGCACUUUAACAGUGAUCAAUCCUGAUCCCAACAGUUAUCACCCUAAGUUAGUCAUUAAGAACUUAGAUCCACGACCUGACCACAGCCACCAUCACCACAAUCACCGAAUGUAG